GAGAGAGAUGGCUUUAAAAGUGGUGAUUGGACAGAGACAAGUAGCAGACAGCUGAGAAUAAUUGACAAGUCACACUCAUGUUGACGACUCUCGUUCUAUAAGAAUUAGGGACGAGGAACACCAAAAAACACGACGACGACGACGACCACCACCACCACUAUCACCACUAUUACUACUAAAUAGAGUCUAGCUGAGCAUUCCAUGAUGGUAUUAAAAUUGAAUCAACUUAACUUCAUUUUGGUUGUCGUCUUCUCACCCCAUAUUAUAGCUCACGAAUGUAGUUCGGGACUGUUCGGUCCUAGAUGCCAAUAUAUAUGUCACUGUGAAGAUGUAACCACAUGCAAUAGCACAACAGGCGAAUGUGAUUCAGGCUGUGCAGAUGGUUGGGACGGACAUGUCUGCCAGAGACAAAAUAUAGCUUUAAAACGCAUUGUCAAGCAGAGUAGUACCGCUUAUGGUGGAGUCGCUGAAAAAGCUGUGGAUGGUUUCACUUGUACUUAUUACGACGAACGUAAAAAAGAAUAUUCUUGUAGCCAUACUAACGACAAUCCAAAGCAAGCGCCAUUUUGGAUGGUCUACCUUGAUGAACCGACUACACUGCAUUAUAUGCAGAUUUUUAACCGAGUCGAUAACGAUAAGAAAUAUUCCUAUCGACUUCAGAAAUUCUACGUAACGGUAGCAAACACUUCGGAUAUUGAUGAUAAUGUAGAGUGUUAUUCCCAUAACGACACUAAGUUCAGUGCACAUAUUUUCCACUGCACGAAGCCCGUCGUUGCUUCAGUUGUCAGGGUACGCCUGUAUCAUUUGGAACCUCUUACAAUUUGUGAAUUUAAAAUUUACAAGUGCUCUGAAUAUUGGUUUGGUAAAGACUGCAGCCAACAAUGUAAUUGUCGGAAUAUUACCGAGGUUUGUAAUCCGGUCACAGGGGCAUGUCGUUCUGGAAUAAAAAUAGUUGAAAAUAAACCCAAAGUCUCCCCACGAAACGAAACGCCAGAGAAGGUCGCCCCCGUGGAACCUUCCUCCGCCGUCGUCGCUUUAAGUGUGCUGUUAGUUCUGUCAUUAUGCGUUAUAAUUGUAUUAGGUAUAUUACUCAUUCAAAAAUCUAAUUUUGUCAACCGAUUUUCCAUAACCCGCCUCCAGUUUUAGGUAACUACGGCUGUAAACCAAGCAACCUGAAUUCCCAAAAUGAAACUUUCCAGAAUCAUACCAUAAGCUUCAUAAAUACUGUUAUCAGCUGCAAUACUCUCAGCAAUAAGAUGAAUCCGUGAUCGGCGGGGUUCCCUGUUUGGCCCAUAUGGGGAUCUCUCUUAUCUGGAGGUUACAUCUCAUUUUUCUUUAUGUUAUUUUUCAUGUUAUCUCAUUCAUGAUAUUAUAUAAAUCUCGUUGUAAGUGUAUCAUCCGCCACUGUUAUCACAAAUAAAGACAUUAUUAUUAUUAUUAUUA